CCCCCACCCACCCAAAGAUGAAGGCGCUACGAUGAUUCACCGUAGCAUCGCGCAUGUUUCCCAAGACUUGCGACACUACAGUACACAACACUCCCCACGACACGCCUACCCAGACCUUCAGAACCCAUCAAUUCACCAACCCACUCUUCGUUUGAACCACUGAAUCCGUGAGCCCAAAAGAUGGCCCCAAGAACAGACUUCCCGCCCAUACGGGCCUGCCUCUUUGACAUGGACGGACUUCUCCUCGACACCGAAGACAUCUACACCCAGUGCAUCAACAUCCUGCUCGCCAAAUACGGCCGGCCCAACCUGCCAUGGUCGAUCAAGGCCAGGCUGCAGGGCCGCCCCGGGCCCCAGGCCAACGAGCUCUUCCACAACUGGGCCAAGCUGCCCAUCUCGAACGACGAGUACAUUGCUGAGUACUCGGCCCUCCAGCGCCAGCACUUCCCCAACGCCAAGGCCCUGCCCGGCGUCGAACAGCUGCUCCAGGACCUCGGCCGCACGAGAUACUGGGACGUCGCCGGCGCUGACGCAGAGCGCGAGGACAAGCACAAGGGCGCGAAGAGGGUCCACAUAGCACUGGCAACCUCCAGCAACAGCGGCAACUUCGCCCUCAAGACGGCCCACCUCACAGACCUCUUCUCCGUCUUCCAGUCGCCCCACCGCGUCCUGGGCGACGACAAGAGGAUACAGCCCGGCCGCGGGAAGCCGCUGCCAGACAUAUACCUGCUCGCACUGGAGACUAUCAACUCUACCCUGCCGCCGGGUGUCGCCCCAAUCAGGCCGGAGGAGUGCCUCGUCUUUGAGGACAGCGUUCCAGGCGUCGAGGCCGGGAGGAGAGCCGGCAUGCGAGUCAUCUGGUGCCCCCACCCGGGGCUCAAGGGGGAGUACGCCGGCCGGGAGGCCGAGGUGCUGGCUGGCAGGACCGGCGAAGCCGGCGUAGGUGUUGACGAGCACCAGCUCGGGGAGAUCGACGACGGCUGGGCGCAGUACCUCGAAAGCCUCGUCGACUUCCCCUACAGCUCCUACGGUAUUGUCGUCCCUCCGAAAGACGUCGAGUCAGACCCCAGAAUGAAGGAGACAGCAGAGACCGAGACAGUCGCGGUCGAGGGCGGAGCAUAAGG